AUGGAUCCCUUAUUGCAUGGAUUCUGGAUGGCUGUUUGCGGGAAGUUGUACAUCUUUGGCAAAUCUUUGGUUAAUUGGGAGCAAAACAACGCAAUGUGCUGCAGGUUAGGCAUGAAACCAAUUGCCUUUGACACUGGUGCAGAGUUUGAUUGUUUCCUUUCCUUAGUCAAAGAUGGCUCUUGGAAAUACAACACAAUAUACUGGGUUAAUGCAGUCCGAUCAUCAAUGAGCGUAAACUCCGCUUAUCAGUGGUGCAGUAACAACAACAAAGUUUCUGACGCCUAUUGGUCCAACAAUGAGCCAAAUUACGUGAAAGGCUCAGAAAAUUGUGUGCAAAUGAAUGUGUUGCCGCCUAAAGUGAAGCUACGGGACCAGCCAUGCGGUGUACUGACUCCUUUUAUUUGUCAGUAUGCUGACGCAUACGAUGCGUGUUGCGCCAUUGGCUUGAAGCUUCUGAGCUUGCAUCAGGACAUCUUGUAUGCAUUUUUGGCUGAGGCUUUCCAGAAUGCGAGCAUCAGCGCUAGCUCCAAAUUUUGGACUUCGGGCACCGAUUCAGGUUGCAAGGGCACAUAUGGAUAUUGCGGCUCUAACCGAUUACUUCGAGAGGAAGCAAUAUGGGCAAGUGGGCAGCCAGAUUUGAAAGAUGGAGGUUGCCUGGUUGUUUCUGGUGAUGGAACUUUGUCAGAUGAGAGAUGCAAUUCAAAAUUUCAAUACAUAUGCGAAGGAAGAGUGCCGUCUAAAAAUUUCAUGGACAUCAUCGAAAUAGAGUGCGCAAAAACUUAUCGGCUAACGAGGAAUGACGUCAAAAUGCUAAUGAACUCGACGCCUGAUGAGUUGAGGGAGAAAUGCUUCUUAAAAUGUUUUGGCGAAGGAACUGGAUUGUUCGUCAAUGGAAAGCUCGCAGAAGAAAAACUCAUGUACAAUUUUCAACAAAUUUCUCAAAGUGACGUGAACAAACUCAUGGAUAUGUACUCUACUAUGGAUUUUUGUACUAGUGCCACGAAGGGAAUGGACCCAUGUGACAAAGCUACUGCUCUUCUAAAAUGUGGCCAGGAAAAUUCGCCAGAUGCAUUUGGUGAUCUUUUGAACAGUUUGGAGACAUCAAUAUCAGAACCGGCAGUUAUUCUGCCCCCACAGCAAAGUGUGUGCAAACCUAAAGUGGAUUGCGAUGUUGAUGAAAACAGGCGAAAUGCAUUUUUGAACGCUCCAACAAUAUGGAUAGAGAAUGGAAACUUGAAGUUGCAAAAAUCUAUCGCUUGUGGAAAGAAUUUCCUCGCGAUGUACCUCGUUUUUAAAGUCUCGUAUAACUGGGCAAGGGAAAUAUGUUGUGACUUUGGACUUAGAAUAGCUACCGUGGACACCAAGCAAAAAUAUGAUUGCAUGAUCAGCAAUAAAAUCACAAGUGGCAUUGCUGCAUCUGAUAUUUUUGCUGUUGGUGCAACCCGAAUGGGAUUCCUGCAGAAACCAAUUUGGUGUCAUUCGAAUACGCCAUUUGACUUUAAAUUAGGAGAAGAUAAUUUGUCAAACAAUCCGAAUGAUUCAGAAUAUGUUAUUUUCUUCAAUUUUAAAAAAGCAAGUAUGACUGCUGGUAACAAUGCCUUUAAACCUAUAAUUUGCGAAGACUUCUGAAUGGAAUGAAAUGAUUAUGUUUGUUUUUGGUAUUAAAAGGGAUCAAUAUUUGGAAUUUAUAAAUCACAUUGUUUUAUUUGAGACCGGUAAGCAAAUAGAUGGGUUUUUUUCUAAAAAUAAAUAAACUUGACCAAUUCUAAAAUUUACUCAAAAACCCACGCAGUAAUUGCAUCGAAGAUGAGAUAUUCAAAGCGGCGUUUAAAAGAGUUGCAAGGAGCGUCGUCCGUUUGACCGGACUCUGGGAUGGCUGCAAUCGUUAAAAUCCUAUUCAGCUGUAAUUAAAAAUGUAUUUCAAGCUGGUGAGUGUGCGAGAGUCGGACUGUGCAAGCCAACCAGCCAGCGAGCUCCUAAUCUAUGAGCCACAUAAUAGAGCAUAAUUACUUUUGAUAUUAAAUUAUAGAGUGCGUUGAAUGGUUGGACGGGCCAGGUAUCCCGGCAGCAUCCGAGAAAUGAGCACCGGUAGCAAACUCGGUGUUUAUAGUCGGCGUUUUACGAAUCGGAGCGACGAGGAAAAUCGUAAAUAAUCUGUCAGGAUUUCUUGUAAUAUGUGUUUGAGGGCACACGCGUUUGUGUGGACCGGCGAGGAAUGAUAUUGCUCUUGGAAGUCGCGGCAGCGGACCCUUUUCUGUCGAGAAAAUUAUUACGCUUCAAACUGCGCGUGCGUUUUUCGCUUUUGAAAUAAUUCCCCAUUGUGUUGCUCCCGCUGACUGACGCGGACGAAUUCCGCUCGUAAUAAUUCCCCGCAGGACUAAUUUCCAUCAUCAAAUUACAUUUUUUUGAUCCGCACUGUGCCGACUUUGUCAUCUCAUUUUCACUAUUUUUUAAUGAACAUUAGCUGCCACGGCUGAGGCGAGGCGAAUCGUGAAGCCUCCGCCGCUUUUUCCAUAGACUAGAUCAACCUAGAGACCUUGUGAGGAAAUGCACUAUAAAGAAAGCUGGCGAACCUUAAGCUU